GCGUCGCCGCCGCUGCUGUCUCUGCAGCGCUGAGAAGAUGACCGUGGGGAGGCCUGCGGGAGCCUCCGGCGGCGCUCAGUGGAGCCGUCAGAUAUUUCCCCCCAAAUCCUCCUCAGACACAGAGGCAGAAGAGGAGCUGUCUGGGGAUAGGCUGGUUUUGCCCAGGGCUGGCAAACUCGAUGAGUUCCUCAGCCCAGAGGAAGAGACUGAUUCUACUUCUGACUCAACUGGGAGCUUUUACGAGACCCUGCAGAUACUGAGGCAGAAAGGCAGGUGGUGCCUGUUGGAAUCUCUUUAUCAGUCUGACCUCGACAGUGAUGAGAACCUCUCUGAAGAUGAUGAGGACCUGAAGCAUUUCUUCCAAGACAAAGGCAGGGGGAAGCGGCAGGUUCAGUGCCCCCAGUCUCCAAGGUGUGGCUCCACAAGGCGCUGCAGCUCCCUGAGCAACCUUCCCUCCGACAUUCCCAAGGUUCUGGCCCAGCCACCUUCAGACUCCAGGUCUCCUUCCCAGCAUAAAAACAUCAGCUCCUGGGCAUCAUCCAUCACCGUCCCUCAGCCGUUCCGCAUGACGCUGCGUGAGGCCUGGAAGAAGGCCCAGUGGCUGGCCUCACCUGCCUCCUUUGAGCACGAGAGACAGCAGGCUCAGAGGCAGGGUCAGGAGGAGGCCGAGUGCCACCGGCAGUUCCGGGCACAACCUGUGCCCGCACAUGUCUACCUGCCCCUCUACCAGGAGAUCAUGGAGCGCAAUGAAGCCCGCAGGCGGGCAGGGAUCCAAAAGAGGAAGGAACUGCUCCUCUCUUCCUUGAAGCCCUUCAGCUUCCUGGUGAAGGAGCAACAGCGAAAGGAAACCACUCAACAAAGGGAGUUGGCCGCCACAGCUAAGGCCAAGGUCCCCAAGCAGAAAGCCACCAGAAGGAUCCCCAAGUCCAUUCUGGAGCCAGCCCUUGGGGACAAACUCCAGGAAGCUGAGCUCUUCAGGAAAAUUCGCAUCCAGAUGAGAGCCCUGGACAUGCUCCAGAAGGCCUCCUCCCCCAUCGCCUUCUCCAGUAGCCGGGCUGACCCACAGCCUCGCAUAGCCACCCGAACCCGGGAGGAAAAGCUUGGGUUUCUGCAGACUGACUUUGGAUUCCAGCCUCGUGUGAAUCCUGCUGUCCCUGACUAUGAGGGCCUUUACAAGGCCUUCCAGAGAAGAGCUGCCAAGAGAAGGGACACCAGAGAGGUGACUCGCAACAAGCCCUUCUUCCUGAGAACCGCCAGCCUGCGUCACACUCAGCGGCCCUGCGAUGCCGCCACCUCUGGAGGGAGGAGGGACUCCGUGGAGCCACCCGUUACACCCCUGCCAAGGAGUCGUUCUCUGAGUGGCCUUGCUUCCCUCUCUGCCAACACCCUCCCUGUGCACAUCACAGAUGCCACCAGGAAGAGGGAGUCUGCAGUCAGAAGUUCACUUGAAAAAAAGGACAAAGCAGAUGAGAGUACUCAGUGGUUGGAGAUGCACAAAAAGAAGUGUCAAGCAAUGUCUAAAUCCGUGACCUUGCGUGCAAAAGCCAUGGAUCCCCAUAAAAGCCUGGAGGAGGUGUUCAAAGCAAAGCUGAAAGAGAAUCGGAACAAUGAUCGUAAAAGAGCAAAAGAGUAUAAGAAAGAAUUGGAGGAAAUGAAGAAGAGAAUACAAACAAGGCCCUAUCUCUUCGAACAAGUUACCAAGGACCUUGCCAGAAAAGAAGCAGAACAACGGUAUCGAGACACCCUGAAGCAGGCUGGCCUGGAUGAAGAUUUUGUGAGGAAUAAGGGUCAGGGCACCAGGGAUGUACAAUGGAAGGAGCAGUCAGAAGUCCGUGAUUGUCCCAGCACCCAUGGAACUGCAAAAUUCAGCAUCAGAAAUCCACAGCAGGAUUUAGAAGAAUCCCUGGAAAAGCCUACAAGCCCCGAGAAAGAACUGGAGGACAUGUCUUAUGAACUGCUAGAUAAUCUCAAAUCACUUGCUUAAUCAGUACACUUAAAAUUACUGCUUUUCAAUAAUUUUAAGCAGCUAACUUGGGGUGGAGUUAAGGCAAGCAAAAUUUAAGUUUUGAGUCAUGGUUACUCUUGGAGAAUGGGGAAGAAAAGUAGCAGAUAACAGGGAAUGGUUCCCAUAAAUCAAAAUGGAGAAGCUCAGGGUGGAGGGAUCAGAGCAAUUAAGGGUUCCUGCUUUGUGCCUCACACUUAAACUAUGGGUACAGAAAAAAGGGCACAAGCCCAGAUGCCUACAGGGGAUAGUCAGG